AUGACUCCUCACGCGCCCAGCACUGUAGCCAUGAGGAAAGAGGCUCUCGAGCUGAGAAAGACUCUGAAACCGCUGGUAGAGAAGAGAAGGCGCGCGCGCAUCAAUGACAGCCUGCACCAGCUAAAGACCCUCAUCCUCCCUCUGGUGGGAAAAGAAAAAUGCCGCUACUCGAAACUGGAGAAAGCUGAUAUUCUGGAAAUGACCGUCAGGUUCCUGACUGAUAUCCCAGCGACUCCGACAAAAGAGUCUACAGACAGCUACAGAGAAGGUUAUAAAGCGUGUCUGCAGCGAGUCUCGGCGCUGCUCCCUCACACCGGCCUGGACCGAGAAGCAGGUCUCCGGGUGAAUGAGUUCAUGCAGCGGACGAUGCUCUCCGCCAGCCCGGAGUGCCAGCACUGCUGCGGCCACAGCGCCUCGGCAACCCCGCAGCCCCAGCAGCGCCUCCGCAACCUCCAAGCUGCUCACGCCCCCAGGAGCGAAAUCCGGGCGAGCGUCAGUGCGCCGGUCUCUGGCGCCCCCGUGUGGAGACCCUGGUAG